UGCUCUUGCAACCACAAAAACCGCCUGAAGCCUCAAAAUUCCACCUAUCCAUUAUCCUUGAAAACUCAAAUUCCUCGGGCAGAUGAAUAUAUAAAGCUCAAUCACCAAGGAAUCUCGCUCAUCAGUAAAAAAAUUGCGAAAAAUUAAAAAAUUAAAGAAAUUCGCAUGAACCGUAGUAAAUCGAACUUUAUUAGUUAAAGAGGUGCAGCAAGGUGUGGCGAGAGUGAGAGAAUAAACUUCACUCGCCCCUCUCGUACUUCUCCAGUGCCCAUUCCCUCUCUCCCUGAGCCUUAAAACGCUCUCCCCACUUCAAUUUACCUUGUACCUUUCCCUCCAGCCGUAAUUCCAAGUCUCGUCGGCUCGAGUUCGGUCCAUUUUGGUGUUUCGUGUCGUGCGGUAAACAACACCAACGUCAAUUUCCACCUGAACCUGUCGAAAUCUUAGCCUUAAGAAAAAUAAAAAUCAACAUUUAUGAUUUAUAUUCUUGUGUACAAUGUGAAUGUUGGUUCACCGAUGAUAAUCCAUUCAAGUGUCAGUGAUCCCCAGUGAAUCAGGUGUUUUUUUUUUGUUACUCUAAUACUCAGUUGUAUUUACUCAAUUAUUUCUUGUUGUUUAACGUCUCCUCAUCUUUCAACUUCUCCUCUGGUUUUUGAUGUUAAUACUGCAUUUAUACCUCGGUACUUGCUCGAGCAUCGUGCACAGUGAGCGUACUGUAUUAUUAUUUUCUGGUUGAAAAAGGAAGGAGCAACGAAAGAGAGAAAAGAAGAGAAGUGCAUUCUCCGUACCGGGCAUUUCAGUUGAGCGAUGGCCUUGAGGCUUCGCACCAGCAAAGAUGUCAAGAAAAGUUCCUACUACGUAUGGUACCUUGGUGCUAGGGAAGCAAAAGGGGUGGAUGCAAUGCCCGGUGCCAUAGCGUAUCUCCUCGAGCGUGAACGACUUCAAGAGCCUUUCAAGGUCACACUCCAGGUAAGCAGCAAGGGACUCAAGAUCAUUCAGACGGUUCAUCCGGGCGCAUCGACGAGGUCUGCGGUGAAGCAUCUUGUGCCAGGUCAUGCAGUUCUUGCUGCUGUACAACGGGAGGACGUUGUCGCCGCCACGCUUCUUCUUCCCAACCCAGCUACCAAUAAUCCUGUUCACGUUCACGCCUACAGAUGUGAUUCAGUAGAAACCGCCGAACUUCUGGGUGGCCAAUUAAAAGCCCUUGCCACACACUCGGAUAAUUCGACGAAGGUCAACGCCACAGACACCCGAGUCCGUAGUAAUUUGGGUAGCGAUGGCAGGAGUACACGUGAAUCUGAAUCAUCAGAGGGUAGUGGUGAACACCGGCACAUACCACCACAAACUGCAACGAUAUACGAGUCACUCGCUGCUGAAUUGCGGGCUAAACUAGGUCGAGGUAAUGCAGGUGAUAACGACGUAGGCCCAAUUCUUCUUCCGCCUCGUGACUACGACACAGUACAUCGACAUCGUGGCAAUUUAGCGGGGAUUGAAUUUCGUCGCUGUUUGAAUCAAACAAUUGUGGGUGGUAAUACAGCCAUUGACAGAGGUGGUACACGUAGCGCAGCGAGCAGCGGUAUCGGCUCGGACAGCGCGGCGACACCGCCCCCCUACCAGUCACAUCAUCCACUCGGUCCACGACCUUCUCGGCCAUCCAGGGACACCUCCUCGGAUGAAGACUGGGGGAACGCUCCAGAAGAUCCAGAGUUCCUCCAAGAAACAACAAACGUCGCCUUGCCACGUCUUCCGAGGAGCCCAGAGCGUCCGGUGGGCUUAACCCGAGGAGUCUCUCCAAAUUCUCACAAUCAUGCACGAAGAGCCCCGGAACACCGUCAGCGCUCCCCAAGCCCUCAGUACCAACCAAAAGUUGAUCCACUUGAGGUGACAAGCCCUCGGGAGAGAUUCCAAGAUGCCAAGGAGAUGUUCAAGGCCAUGGAGAGGGAAAACCUCUCGCGAGGGAUAAUUACAAGGCCCAGAGAUCAGAACGAUAGCCAUGGAAUGCACAGAGUGGAUCAAUCGAGGUUGAUUUACGAGGACCGCACGAGUCGUCAUAUCUCCUCUAACAAUUCGUCAUCGACUCCAGUACAUCACGAACACAUGAUUCGAAGGAGUCAUCCUGAGGUGGAACGUGAAAAAGAGCGCGAGAGGAGUGAUUACAGAAAUAGGCCAAGGGUCAGAGGACAGCAUUACUCAUCGGAUCGUCCAGCCGAGCCUGAGGUCACGUCUAGACCCAGGCCUAGGAGUUUCUACGAUAAUUCCUCGAGUGGAAGGGAGCCGAGGGAGCAGAGACAUAUGAUCGAUCACAGAGAGAUUCGAGAGGCCCGAGAUCGACACUCUCGUGACCUACGCGAGAAGCAGAGAGUCCGUCCAGUCUACCAAGACAUUCCAAGGCACGAAAAAUACCUGGACCGCGAGACACGGCAGAGUAUGGAGAUUCUCCCGACUCCUGGACGUUAUCGCCACAGUUAUGCCGAGCCUCCAAGACUGGGUCUCGCUGCACUUGAUCCAUAUUGAAACUCAAUAAAAAAAUCGCGAAAAUAGGAGACUAAAAAAAAUCACCGCAAAUCGAGGAAAAUCGAGCAAAAUGGAGAAAUAAAAUUAAUAGAACAUGUCUGAGGUCAUAAAAAUGAUAAGGAGAUGCGAAUUAUUUUAUGCCCCACUGAUUAAUGGAUUAAUGAAGUAUUUAAUUAACCGGUAUAUCGUUGAAACAUUGAUAUAUCGUUAUUAUUAUCUGUCUGUGCGUCUCGCCACGCCGUUUUAUUAUCGGCCGGUCCCUCUCCUCCUUCAGACAUCCCUCUCCUUCUCCUCUGCAACCUUAACUUCAUUCUUCACUCUCCUUCUCUCUUCAGACUUUUCUGACCAUCUUGUUCUUUAUUAUUUUAUUCAUUUCUCUGUGCGAAUUUUUCUUCUUGGUCAGACGAAUAAAAACGAAAUGAAUCGUGUAGACCUCAAGGCAUGCGAGCCUUUAAACGACCUGUCUUCGGUAGAACGUUGUUGAGUCAUGUUGUAAAUUAUGAGUUUAUUUUUUAUUCAGAUUUGUUUCAUUUUUUCAAUCAAUAUUUUUAAUGCCUCUGUAUUGUAAUCUCUUGUUUAAGAGGAGUGGACAAGUGAUAAAAUUUAAUUGAUGGAGAUUUGUUUGGGGAAGAGGUGCGCCAUUUUAUUAAGUUGAUGGAGAUGAUGCAGAUAGGAAGUAUUUUAUAUUGUGGGAUGGAGUUUUCUGAAGAAUUAGAGUAGUUUUGGGAAAUUGUCAAGUUUGUAGCUUUCUUCAUUUCAUUUUGGUAUUUCAAAAAUUGUAUCCAUUGAAUUUUUGUAGCUUUUAUCACUGUCUUGAGGACCGAAAAAGGUCAGAAUUGCUCAAAAAUGUCCCUUCACGAUGGAAGGACAUAAAAAAAAUGAAUCAAUGUCAUUCUGGUCAUAGAUGAACACAAGAUGAACCUGAAAUGAACUGAGUUGUUGAUUAUUUCGUGAAUAUCUUUAGAUUGGAGAAGUUGAGAAAUUGUGAUGAAUCCAAUUGUUUUAGAGACAUCAGCAUCAAAAAUUUCAUAGAUAAACCUAGCGAAUUCGCUAGAAAACUUUAUUGAAUUUCUGUUGAACUUGUGUUGAAAAUUUGAUCAGUUUUUCGCCUAUUCUCUUGAAAAAUCCCACUGCUUUUCCACGCAUUCUUUCAAUUGAGAAUCAUCAAUAGAAACUAUUUCAUAGACAAAAAUCAAUAGAAUUUAAUCUUUUUGUUUUUAUUGAGACAUUUUCUACAGGAAUUCCUCGAUCUAAAUUUUAUCAGUUUUUGUCACUUUAUUUUUUUCCCUGUUAUAAAAAAAAAAACAAUAAAACUUGAAAGAUUUGAGCCGAGAAGUUUCUACCGAAAAUAUCACAACAGUAUAAGUUGCACAGAAAACUCAAAUUCGAUUCAUUUUUUGUGAAAAAUAAUUCCUAUGGGGCAUUUCAAUUGAAAACAAAAACUCGUAGUAAAGCUGCAGAAUUUUUCAAUAGACUCGGCGAAAAACUAAUAGAGUUUUCAAUAUAACUCGUAUAGAAUUAGCUAGCGAAUUUGUAAGAUAGUUCUGUGAAAUUUUUUCGAACGUGGCGUAGCAUUUUGGAACUCAUCUCACUCCACGUUUCUUUGUUAUUGAGUCUGUCAAUAACUAAUAGUUCGAUGAAUUACAAACAAAAAUGUCUGUCGUCAGUUUCAUCUUAGAUUCACUAAUCUCAGAGAUAUUUGCGAAAAAUCGUCACUGGCUCAGAUAUUCUUCAUGUAAAAAUCGAUUUUUCUUCUAUUUUUAUCUAUUUUAUAAUAAUUUUCCGCAGUGCAUGAAUCGAAUUUCAUCCCAUGUGUAUUGCAAUGAAUAUAAAUAACGUUAUUUUUUAACCGUUGUUAUUCGAAUUGAGCGUGAGUGCUUCGUUCGUGCUGAAGAGAUGAUAUUCUUUAGUUUUAUAUUUACAAUUUAUUAAUUUGUAUUUCUAAACAUUAUUACAUUGUAAUAUUCAAUUGUUACGCGAGUGGAGCAUCACUAACGAUAAUAAUAAUAGG